AUGUGGGGGAAAAUGCACCUUCAUCGAUCGCGAAAGCCGGUUAUUGGAAAUCCCACCUUGAUCGACAAAACUCUAGACGAUAGUGUCUAUCAGUCCUGGUCUCGCGGCCCAGGCACUCAGAGCACCGACAACCGUUCCCUGACUUCUCGAGGCAACCAAGCGGACUCACUCAAUCCCGCGCAUCACCCGUACUCAGGUCGCAGGGUCGCAUCAUCAUCCAAGGCCCCAAGCAUCGCUCCGAGCAUUGCAUCCGAUGAUCUCUUUGACCACCGCUCGGUCAGCUUGACAGAUCUUCCACUGCAGACAGGUAUCCUCGGUCACGAUCUCAGUCGGCCUGAAAGUGUUGAGAUCUCUCCUCCCGACUCACCCGUCUCCUUAAGUCGGCCACCACUUAGUCGCGGCAGCUCCCGCGUCUCCCCCAUAGAGGACGAAUCCAGGCCGGACCUUGGUAUCGACCCGAUGGAGAAGAAGGAAAACACCAGGUUCACCAGUCAGCUGCCGGUGCGCAAGACCGGUUACUCCCCCGUGGAUCAGUCUCGACCAGCAAACCCGUCCUCGAGAGGAUACGCAAGUAGGCAGGACAACUUUUCGAGGGGCUCGACGUCAAGCCAUUCUGGCAUGUUUGGGCAGCAAGCCUCCAGCAAUGCUUCGGUCCGCACCGACAUGUCAGCCACACCUCCGUCAUCUCACGGGUCGAAUAGUCUUGGAUGGAACACGCAAAGUGCCCGGAAACCCCCCUCAGAGCCACGCAUUCGCGAGCCAUGGAAGGGACCCAGUGGACGAUCGCCAAUAGUGCAGCCUAUCCAGGAACGACCCAGAGCGAACACGAUCCGCAGGUAUGAUCAAAUGAGAGCACACAACGGCUCAGCAGCUUCUGACCUCGCGGCGUGCGGAAUGGUCCCUACCGUGGUGACAACAAUCACAGCCGGCGAAUUUCGACCUACAGACAGGCACCAUGGCACUACCAGGAACAAUCCCCGUGCCAGGACACCCGAGGCAUCCACCCCAACCGUCCGCAGCAGCAACCGCGUCCCACCUCGGGUCGAGCUUCCAGCGCCGGAAACAGACUGGGAAUCCUCGUUAAUGGAUCUUAAGUUGACUACUCACGAAAUGGCUGAAGAACCCACAAGCCGCUUCAGCGCAACCACUUACGACCCUACCGAAAUAGGCAGCUCAAUAGGUAGCAGGCGUAACAGCAUCGAUACUGUCGCUGACACUGCAUCUGUGUCCACGGAGUGUCAGCCCUCCAUCAUGUCUCGUAGCCGACCCGUGCCGAGCACAGUGGCUCCCGGGAAGAAGCCGACCAGAAAGCCCACGCCAUCCCAGGCCGCUGUGGAGGCGGAGGCGGUCAAAGAACCCAUAGCUAUCACUCCCCAGCAACAGAAUCAAAACCGGAUUGAGGCGCUUGAAGCCCGCAAGGAGACCCUUACGCGUCGCAAGGCCAAUAUCAACACGAUCAUCUACGAGUUGACUCAAGUUAUCCAGCCGAGUUCCGUCGCCUAUGACAUAGCCGCUAGGGAUGAGGUGAAGAAAACGGUCGCCAGUCUCGAAAGUGAACUUGCAGAAAUCAAGCGAGAGGAGCAUGAGAUUGGCGUGAAGCUACUGAAGGCUUGGAAGAAACGUGAUGAGCUCGAUUGCUAUGGGGGCGGCUCCGGCCUCUGGGUCAGCCGAGUGACCAGCUGA